GGACCCAAGCCUGGAAGCGGCAUCUGCUGUAAGCCACUGGAAUUCCAUUAUGCGCGUGAUCACUCUCACGCGAGGCGAAACGCCACCACUGGUGCAGUUGUAGACUUGAUCGACAACUCUAGGGAUUGUACCGACAAUUUUUUUCGGGAGAAUCGGUUCACGAUUGAGUGGAAUCAGAGGAAACGUCGUCGUGGGAGGAAUGGCCAUGGUCGUAGUUGCGCCGGGAGGCCUCGUAGCGGCGCCCGCGACGCUGAGCUCGUGUGGAUUUCGGAGUUCAUUCGCUGGGGAGAGAUUGCAGGUCUCCGGGUGUGGGCUGGGACAGAAGGCCCAGCAGGAGGCUGUGGACUCCAGGAGGACGGAGAGUAGGUUUUUGGGUGUGCGGGCGCAGGCUGGGAGUUUCAACCAUAUCCCGAAGCAGUUUAGACAGGAUGGUUUGAAAGACGGUUUGACACAAAAUUUCGAGACCUGUCCACCGAGUUUGUAUGGAUUGAGCCCUUCUCAGAUGGAUACGUUUAUGGUGGAGAACAAUCCGUAUCAAAGGCAAGCGGAGCGUGUCACGGAGGCUUCUAUCUCUUCGGCUAGUAGAUACCAAGACGGUACUGGAAUGUGGAGCGCAACGGGGCUGGACGGUGCGCCUUCUCGGUUGAGCAUGAGUGUAAGUAUGUACAGGGGAGGAGGAAGUGCUGGCGGGCGCCCCAAGACUGCUCCUCCCGACCUCCCUUCUCUUCUCCUUGAUGCCCGUAUCUGCUACCUAGGUAUGGCCAUUGUGCCUGCAGUUACUGAGCUGAUCAUUGCGGAGCUUUUGUGGUUGGAUUUUGACAAUCCGACAAAGCCAAUUUAUUUUUAUAUUAAUUCCUCUGGAACUCAGAAUGAGAAGAAAGAGAGCAUUGGUUUUGAGACUGAGGCAUACGCCAUAGCGGAUACCAUUAGGUAUGUGAAAUCCAAAGUUUACACCAUCAACUGUGGACAGGCAUUCGGUCAAGCGGCUAUGCUUUUGUCCCUUGGAGAGAAAGGCUACCGUGCACUUCAACCCAGCUCCUCCACCAAAUUGUAUUCACCGAAGGUGAACCAGUCCAGUGGGUCAUCAACAGAUAUGUGGAUCAAAGGCAAGGAGCUGGAUGCUAACACAGACUACUACAUAGACCUGUUGGCUUCGGGUACUGGCAAGUCCAAGGAAGUGAUUGCUAAUGACAUUCGAAGGCCUCGGUACUUCAGACCACAGGAGGCAGUUGAUUAUGGUCUUGCAGACAAGAUCAUAGAGCCACGAGGAAUCGCUAUGGAGAAACGAAACUACGAUGAGAUGCUUGCGCAGUCGAAGGCUGCGAGGGCAUCGUAUACUAGACCUGGAGCAGCAGCCUCAGCAGGAGCAGGAGGGCGCUAGACCAAAGUUCACUGUAUCAUGUUGAGUUGGUGGAAAUCUCGUCAAAGAACAUGUUAGCUCUGUACUGGACAUUACCAUGUAACUUAAAUUCAACUUAAUACACAAUCUUCCAAGUAUCUUUUGUUUCGAAGGC